AGCAAGUUCUUUUUUUUUGGCUCAUACACGGUGUUUUAUCUCCCAUUCUGAUUAUGCAUUCCGCCGAAAGACUAGAUUCCGGCCACCGACCGCCGCCGUCACCCGGUCGGACUCUUCCAUUCAUCGGAAAACUCAAACCCUUUUAUCUUUUAUCAAUCUUGGUACUCAUAUUAGCAAUUUCAUUCAGUAUUAGCAAAACAAAUCAGUUCAAAAGACUCUUUUUUCUCAGAUCAAAUUUACUGAAUCCAACAGUUCAGAAGCAAAUUUCAAGAAACCCCAUUCACACAGCCCCUUAUUGUGUUCUAUGGAUGGCUCCAUUUCUUUCAGGAGGUGGGUACAGUUCAGAAGCUUGGUCAUAUAUUUUAGCUUUACAUAAUUACUCAAUGAAUAAAAAUCCAGUCUUUAAUUUGAAAAUUGAGCAACAUGGGGAUCUUGAAAAUGUUGAAUUUUGGGAGGGUUUACCUUUAGAUAUGAGGAAUUUGGCUGUUGAGCUUUACCAUAGAGAAUGUAAGUUGAAUGAGACUGUUGUUGUUUGUCAUAGUGAACCUGGUGCUUGGUAUCCUCCACUUUUUGAUACACUUCCAUGUCCACCUAUUGGUUAUGGUUAUUUUAAAGCUGUAGUUGGAAGGACUAUGUUUGAGACUGAUAGAGUUAAUGAUGAGCAUGUUAAAAGGUGUAAUCUUUUGGAUUUUGUUUGGGUUCCUACUGAUUUUCAUGUGAAAACUUUUACUGAAAGUGGGGUUGAUCCAUUGAAAGUUGUCAAGAUUGUUCAGCCUGUUGAUCUUGAUUUUUUUGAUCCAGUUAAGUAUGAGGGAUUGGAUUUAGGGUCAUUAGGGAAUUUAGUGAUGGGGUCAUUUUCAAAUGGAGAAAAGUUUGUAUUCUUGAGUAUUUUCAAGUGGGAAUAUAGGAAAGGAUGGGAUGUUUUGCUGAGGUCUUACUUGAAGGAGUUUUCGGGAGGUGAUGAUGUUGUUUUGUAUCUGUUAACGAAUCCGUAUCAUUCUGAUAAGGAUUUUGGUAACAAGAUUGUUGAAUAUGUGGAGAAUUCGGAUUUGGAAGAACCGAAAGAUGGUUGGGCUAGAGUAUAUGUAAUCGACGAACACAUAGCUCAAGUUGAUAUGCCUAGGCUAUACAGGGCUGCUAAUGCAUUUGUUUUGCCAUCUAGAGGUGAAGGUUGGGGUAGGCCUAUUGUCGAGGCAAUGGCAAUGACUUUGCCAGUGAUUGCUACGAAUUGGUCAGGACCAACUGAAUUCAUGACAGAAGAUAAUAGCUACCCAUUGCCUGUCGAUAGGAUGAGUGAAGUCACAGAAGGUCCAUUUAAGGGACAUUUAUGGGCUGAACCUUCGGUUAAUAAGCUGCAAACGCUAAUAAGGCAUGUAAUGAGAAAUCAGGAGGAAGCUAAGGCCAGAGGUAAGCAGGCAAGGGAUGAUAUGAUGAGCAGGUUUUCUCCUGAGGUUGUUGCUGGCAUAGUUAGUGAUCAUAUUGAACGCAUUAUUUAUCAUACACAGUGAUUGUUGUGUUCUCUUUAGGAUCGAGAAGAGUAGAUUGUACAUUUUACUGCAGUGGUAACAGUUUUUAGUCACUGUUUUUUCAUGGAUUAUUAACUCUGGUAGACUUUAUCUCAGUUUUCCUAUGUGAAUUGAAGAACGGUUUUACUUAAUAUCUGGAGACGACAAAGUUCUGGAAGCUGAUGAAAUUAUCCUGAGAAUCAACUAAUUGGAUAGCCUUAAACACUCUUAAGUGUUCUUAAAUGGAGUUGCAGUUAGAUAAGUAUAAAAAUUCCUCUGCUAAAACCAGAACUGUGUUGGUAAUCCAGUUAUGUUCAUGUGAUGAAUAUCAACAACAAAAGUCUAUUUUAAAGCUUAGAGUGUAUGAAUUGUUAUGCUGUAGAUUGUUAGUUUGGACUUUCGAGCAGUAUUAUAGGAAAGAUAUGUCACCAAUGGACCGUGAGUAUCAACAACGAGAAGAGGUAACAGCAUUAUGUGCAAACUUAGUCACAUCCAACACUGAUGGACCACAAGUAUCAACUAUGGAAAGAGCAUCUUGUUUCAGAGCUUCCCUGUCUGGGAGAUUUCACCACUUCAACUUGGCUGGGAAAUACUGCAAUCAAAAUGUAUUUUGCAGUUCAGUAAAGCAGAAUGAAAUGAUUGUACGGAACCGACAUGAUCGAUCAUAUUUGCUGUCAAUAUACACAAAGUUCAGUCAAACCACGUUCUCAACAGUAAAUUCUGAAAUGGUCAUCAAGAGAAGCAAGUAAAAGGGCAGCUCGGUGUACUAAGCAACGAGCCACAGCGCUAAAGAGUGAGAUGUAGGCCGUCUACCCCUGUGACCUAUAGAUCACACGGAGACAACUUUACCGUUGCUGCAAGGCAACCCUUCAAGUCAGAAGCAAACUGAAGUACAAAUUAUGUAACUGGGAAAAAAAAACUUACC